AUGAUCGUCCUUAACGUCUCACUGUUUUUCAGAAUCUGGGUUGCUUUUAUUGGUCUUUUGAUUUUCUUGACCGGAUUAAUCCACUUGUGUUGCAACGGAUUUGGCUCGUUCAAGAUUUCAGGAGUAAAUACACAAGGCGCGAUCGUAUGCUCGAUUGUUGCGUUGAUUAUGUUACUCUCUGGUCUUUGCACACUCCUUUCACCGUUUUUGGGAUACAUCCCAUUCCCAGUCAUCCGUAGAUUUGGAAGCUUCUUCUCACCAUAUGUAGUUAUUCCCUGGUUUUUCAUUCAUGGUGUUGUGUGUCUCUUCAUGACGGGUAUAUUCGGGUUGAUUGUCGCAAUCUUCUGCUUCAUCACUGUUGUCGUGUCGAUUGUUGGUAUCUUCUUCAGUUUCUUCGCAGGACAAGAUGACGAGGAGAAACACUAA